GGUUGUAGACCAUUCUGAAGAAAACCUAAUGAACUCAAAAAACUUGGGGGUGGUAUUUGGACCCUGUCUGAUGAGGCCCAGGCCUACAACCACUCCUGGUACCAUCUCCUCCUCUCUUGUUGCAUAUGCCAAUCAGGCCCUGUUGGUAGAGUUCCUCAUUACCAAUGCACAGAUGAUCUUCGAUGGGUCCCUAGAGUCACAAAAUGUUCCAUCUAGUACUGAUGUUGUUGCACCUUGGGUGGAUAAAAGCCCUCCUUCCAAACCCGUAAUAUCAACAGAACAUUCCACAAAGUCACAAUAUUUUUCUACAAAGCAAGAUAUCCACACUGCAGAUAUUGAAAUUAAAAAUUAUGAAUUGGCUACAUCAUUUGAGGAAUCAGAAUGCAAGCAAAAUGCAUUGGAAAAAUGGGAUGCAUGUCUCAUUGAUCACAAAGAACUUGAAUCAUCAUCACAAAAGAUGGACACUAUGUGUAAAACCACGAAACCACUUAGUCUGAAAUCUGAUGUGACAACAAAUGAUAUACAGAGGCCUAUGCCAAGCCCCAAGAUCAGAUGUUUCUGUUUGCCUGUAGAUAGGUUCCAUCUUGCAAGCUCUUCUAAUGAGAAAAACAGCAGAAAUGUGGGAAAUGUCAAUUCAGACAAGUUUUGCCAGAAUCUUACCUUUGAAGGGCUUAAUAGAAAAGAUACCCCUACUAGUUUUGGCUCCCAAAUUAAUGGUUUUGAUCAGCAGAUUCCACAAAAAACUCAGGGACAACAAUGUGAAACAACUCAGGGACAACAAUGUGAACCAAAGAACUUAACUGGCAUGAGUGCAGUGAUUGUGCCAAGUGUACUCCAGGAAAAAGUGACAAUGAGCAUCAAGGUUAGUGGUGACCAUUCCAACGGUGCCACACAGCCCAACACGCCAGCCAGUUCAGCAAGAGAGACACCAGUGAGACUGUCCUCUCAUUCUCACCGUCUUGCUCCUGCAAGAGCACCCAGAAUACUGCAGCCCCAUCUCGGGACAACAUUUUACAAACCACCUACCCCGACCAGCAAAGUGAGGGGGACUGAGGAGAGACCAGCUUCACCUUCAGAAGCAGUGCCUCAUAGCACGGCUCUUAAUCCCCUGAGUCAUGUGGAGAAAUCUGUUCCAGAGGCAGACAGCACAUCAGCUUAUGCUUUGAAGCCAGCUGCUGAGCCUAAAGAGAACUCUGAGGAGCUCGGCCUACCUGACAUGAAUCCAAUGUGUCAGGGACUCAGGCUAAAACAAAUGGAAGAGUUACAAGACCUUGAAUUUGAAAUGCCACAGUUUGUGUAG